UCUCUUCCUGUACACGUGGCUCUACGGGCUGUGACGUUUGCAAUAGCCGUCAUCCACAGUAAUACACACACGGCACUAAAUUAAACCAUGGAGACCCUUAUCAGCCUACCGUUUACUGUUCUGGAAUGCCCGAAAAUCAAACUUAAAAAACCAUCAUGGCUGCAUAUGCCUUCUGCAAUGACUGUCUAUGCCGUCGUGAUUGUUUCAUACUUUCUCAUAACCGGUGGCAUCAUAUACGAUGUGAUCGUUGAGCCUCCAAGUGUCGGAUCAAUGACUGAUGAACACGGACAUCAAAGACCGGUAGCUUUUCUGGCAUACAGGGUUAACGGGCAAUACAUCAUGGAGGGGCUGGCCUCCAGCUUUCUGUUCACAAUGGGAGGCCUUGGCUUCAUAAUCCUGGAUCGAUCUAAUGCGCCCAAUAUUCCAAAACUGAACCGUUUCCUCUUGCUCUUUAUCGGCUUUGUAAGCGUGCUGCUGAGCUUCUUCAUGGCCAGAGUCUUCAUGAGAAUGAAACUGCCUGGUUAUCUCAUGGGUUAAGGAGCAACACCUUCAAUGUGACAUCAACAACUUGAAAAUCGCACACUGCACAUACAGACUGAAGAGAACAUACUGUAACCCUUGUUUAAGUGCCAAGGACAACAGUCUGUUAUCAAACUGUAAUUAAUCAACCAGUAUAAUUGGCAGAAUUUCCCAGCCUUAUUUUGUGUGUGUGUGUGUGUGUGAGAGAGAGAGAGAGAGAGUGAGAGUGAGUGUGUUUUGGGAGAGAUGCGCUACUUUGCGUAUUAUGAAAAUAUUCAAAAUUGAUUGAUGUACAAUUUCUUCUCACACCUGUAGAGAGUUCAGUAACAAGUGCUUACUGGGAUAGGGUGGUUAAUAUUAUAUUGAUGAUCUUAAAAUGACUGUUGAAGUCCAUCAGAGUUCAUUUUCCAAAAUUCAAUCCAAUUUGUUUGUAGACUGUUGUGUAAAAUGUGGCAGUUUUUUCUAUUACAAAUUUUUUACUUUCCACAUGAUGUAAAGUUUGAUGUCUUCACUGAUUCACAAAUCUCAAUGAUAAAAGUCAUUGCCAAAUCCAAAUAAGUUGAUAAAAUACUCAAUGCAAUAAUGUUCCUUUGUGAAAUAGUUAUAAAAUACCAAUUGCUACAUUUGCUGAGUAAUUUUACAAGAUAGUGAGCACAUCUUACAACAACAAAAGACUUGUAUUGAUUAUGUUAGAUUAUGUGGUAGUUUUUAAACACUAGAUGGCGACACUGAAUGGGCAACGCUCAAUGAGUAUGAGUGCAAAGCUCCUGAAUUAAGGCAGAACAUUCACUUCAUAAUGUGCACUGUAUACCUUUGUUUUAACUGGGGUGGCUUAUGGUGAAGUUUUAGUUUUAAAGGAAUAUUUCACCAAAAAAUUCAAAUUCUCUCAUCUACUCACCCACAUGGAAUCCCAGAUAUUUUUUGUUUCUUUCUUUUGCAGAACACAAAUGAAGAUUUUUAGAAAAAUAUAUCAGCUCUGUAGGUCCAUACAAUGCAAGUGAAUGGUGUCCAGAACUUUGAAACUCAAAAAAGCACAUACAGCACUAUGAAAGUGACCCCAUACGACUCCUGUGGUUAAAUCCAUGUCUUCUGAAGCAAUACGAUAGGUGUGGGUGAGAAACAGAUAAAUAUUUAAGUCCUUUUUACUAUAAAUCUCCACCUUUGACCAGCCCUGACCAGUAGGUGGCGAUAUGCACAAACUAAAGAAGAAUGUGAAAGUCUAGAUUUAUUGUAAAAAGUACUUAAAAAUUGAUGUUUAUCACCCACAUCUAUUACAUCGCUUCUGAAGAAAUUGAUUGAACCACUGUAGGUCGUAUGGAUUACUAUACGAAAGUCACACAUCUGGGAUGGCCUGUGUGGCCUGAGUACACGAUGAGAGAAUUUUAAUUUUUGGGUGAACUAUCCCUUAAAACUCAAUCUCUUGAAUGAAGCACCUACAGGCACCCUUCUAACUAAGCUAAUUAAAUCCUUUAAUAUAAUUUUUUUCCUGCUGUUUGUAGUGAAUAUUGCAUUAAGGGUCUUUCAUUCUACAUCAGAUUGUUCUCCAUGUUGACUUAUCUAAAGGGUAUUUUCCACUCCAUUACUAUCAGAUAGGAGAGUGAUUCUCCAGCUCAUUUUAUUGUGGCAGACACCCAUAGAACAUGCUGAGUUUGCAUUUGCUUUUUAUGUGCACACUUGAACAGGCUGUUGCAAAACAAGCAGUGUUCAAGGUACACUAGUAGUGCUUAUGUUUAAAGAUUUAAUUGCAGUCUCUCUCGAAACUAACCAGCUCAAAAGAUAUCACUCAAUUGCACAUCCUACACCCAGAUAUGGAAGAUAUCAUAGAUAUUGCAAUGUGCAUUGAUUUAUAACCUUGUAACCAUUUUGUUCAUUAUCAUUUAAAGCUUUCUAUUACGCAUAUAUGAAAGUUAAUACAGUUCUUAACGAUAAGAUUAGACAGUUCUGUUCAUUAAAAGAUACAUUUCCAAAACUAAUUAUAAAAGCUAAAACAGAUACAGUUCUGACUGGCACAACUAAAAUAUGGCAAAGUAAUUUUACAAUGCUCAUUCAGUGUAUUCAAAGAUCCAUUAAAACAUGGAUUUUUUUUUUUUUUAAACAA